UACAGUUUGUCUCAGAUGAGGACGGGGCUGGGCUGCAAUCGUUCUUCAUCCAUUUCCUCUGCAAUCCUCCUGCAGUCAGGCGCACACACAAUGGGACAGAGCAGAACCAGAAUGCUGAGGACCCUUCUCCUUGCCAUUCUUCUGGACCUCUCACUGAGCUACAACCAGGUCUUUCUCGAUCAGAAGCAAGCACUCUCCUUGCUGACGCGCUCGAGGCGAGCCAACAAAGGAUACCUAGAAGAGAUGCGCAAAGGCAAUCUAGAACGGGAGUGCCUGGAGGAACCGUGCAACUAUGAAGAAGCCCGUGAAGCCAUUGAGUCUAAUGCCCAAACAGAUAUAUUCUGGGCACAAUACUCAGUAUGUAAGUCUCAGAAGCAGCCCAGAACAGCUCUUGAUGAGUGCCUGAAAGGUGACUGUGUCAAAGAUGCGGGGCAGAAUUAUAGGGGAUCCAUUUCGUUCACCAAGUCAGGAAUUGAAUGCCAGUACUGGUCGAGCAAAUUUCCUCACAAACCUGACUUCAACACAACAACCCAUCUGGGUGCCAACCUCACUGAAAACUACUGUAGGAAUCCAAACAACAACACAAGGGGGCCCUGGUGCUACACCCGAAACCCAGUCGUGCGCGCAGAAGAGUGUGCUGUACCUGUGUGUGGUGAGAACCGGACCUCGGUUCCAAUCUCGCCAAGGACCCCGGGGCAAGAGCAGAAGAAGCAAGGGCCUUGUGUGCCAAACAAGGGGCUGCAGUAUACGGGGACCCUCUCCGUCACCCUUUCCGGGGCCCAGUGCUUGCCAUGGGCUUCAGAACAAGCAAGAGCAAUGAGCCAUGGGAAACCCUUCCAGGGCAAUCCUAACCUGGUGCAGAAUUAUUGCCGCAACCCCGAUGAGGACGAUGAAGGCGUCUGGUGCUACAUCAACCGUCCUAAUGUGACCUUUGACUAUUGUGACUUGAACUACUGCGAAAGUUUCGUGGAUGAUUUUGAUUACGAUGAAGAACAAAGAGCAGGCCGGACUACUGUCCAAGAACGCAAAACCUUCUUUGAUCCAAAGACAUUUGGUCAAGGCGAAGCAGACUGUGGUUCCCGCCCUCUGUUUGAGAAGCAGGGCAUAUCUGAUAAGACUGAGAAGGAGCUGCUGGACUCCUAUCUGGGAGGCCGAAUUGUGAAGGGAUCUGAUGCUGAAAAAGGCAGUUCUCCGUGGCAAGUGAUGCUAUUCAGGAGGAGCCCCCAGGAGCUGCUAUGUGGAGCCAGCCUCAUCAGUGAUCGCUGGAUCCUAACUGCUGCCCAUUGCAUCUUCUACCCACCUUGGGAUAAGAAUUUCACUAAAGACGACAUCAUUGUACGGAUUGGCAAACACGACCGGAAGGUCUAUGAGAGGACCAUGGAGAAAAUUAUGAUGAUAGAGAAAGUCAUCAUUCACCCCAAGUACAACUGGAAGGAGAAUCUAGACCGGGACAUUGCACUGUUACUACUGAAGAAGCCCGUUGAGUUCAGCAACUAUAUACAUCCAAUCUGUUUACCCACUAAAGAGAUUGUUCAAAGCCUGAUGCUAACGGGAUACAAAGGGCGUGUGACUGGUUGGGGAAACCUACAAGAGACAUGGACCACUGGCAGGUCACCUCUGCCUGGCAUACUACAGCAGGUGAACCUCCCUAUUGUGCCACAGGAAACUUGCAAGGCAUCCACCAAGAUUAGAGUGACAGACAACAUGUUCUGUGCAGGGUACAGUCCUGAGGAUUCUCAAAGAGGAGACGCAUGUGAAGGUGACAGUGGAGGGCCUUUUGUCAUGAAGAACCCAACAGAUAAUCGGUGGUAUCAGGCGGGUAUCGUCUCAUGGGGAGAAGGCUGUGAUCGUGAUGGCAAAUAUGGAUUCUACACCCAUGUGUUCCGCCUGAAGAAAUGGUUGCAAAAGGUUACUGAGAAACAUGGGCGUUAAAAAACUUAAGCUCAGCACCUGCACAAUGAUUUAGAGAUGUAUGUAUACUGGUCAAACAUGACAGGUAACUAAAAGCCUAAGGAAGGAAACAUAUCUUGGCACAAACCUCAAUAAAGGUUCUGGACCAAG